UACCAUAAAUAAUAUGUAGUUAAUUGUCUUAGACUCUGUGAUAGAGUUGCAUUGUGAGUGCCCUAAGUGACCACCAGAACACUCGCUCGCAGAAAAAGAUGCCUGUAAACCAUAGGGAGAGAGGAAAAAAAAAAGAAAGUCGUAGGAGAGAACAUGACUAGGCCGGCCUUGAUGACGCUGACAGCGAUGAGUUUGAUUAAUAUGUGGAGUAGAUCUGCAUCGCGGCGCUGCAACUAGUGGCUCCAAGUGACGAGGCAACACCCCAUCCCAUUCACAUCCAGCUCCGAUCCACCUGAUGAGAACAAUACGGCAAGUGGCACUUCCCCUUUACUCUUGCAUGCUGUGCUUGCUCUCCUACUCAUUCUUUUUACUAAAAUUUGUCCAAAACAGAUGUUUAUACCAAUAUAUUUCGCAAAAAGAUAGUAUCAAUCAUGGUGAAAAUAAGACCGCACAAAUUAAUUCCGUUCGUUUUUCUCUUUCCUCAUGCCAUGUCAAAAUUCAGGAAAACUGGAUCCACAAACCUUUUUUUUUGGAAAAAAAAAUAGUGGCUUGCCGACCCUUUUUUUCCAAUAAAGCCAAAGCCCAGAAACAUCCAAGCCCAGCCCAGCCCAGCCCAGACCAUCGGCGGGAUUAGGGUCAUCGUCCUCCUCUCCUCUCCUUCCCACGACCCCACCCCGUCCCCUCCACGCCGCACCACCGCCUCGCCCUCGCUUCCUCCAUCCUCCAGCCGGUGGCCAAGGUCCACGGGCGAGCAGCUCGGCGCGCUGUCCACCGCGCGUGUACGUGCUCCCGCCGCCCGCUGCGGCCCCGGCAUCCACGCGCGCGUGUCGCACCGCCCGCUCUGGGCACCGCAGUAGGCCGCCGCGGUCCGCGGGUCUUUCUGUGACCCCGCUCUUCCCGCCUGCUCCGGUCCAGGGCGCCGCGGCCCCGGCCUCCUCCUCCGAAUCCCGUCGGUGAGCUGCCGUCUGGUGUGGCGGGACACGCCGACGAUGCUGCCAACGAGGGAACCUCCUUCUGGAUCCAUGCCCUUGAGCCAGGGCCACUUUCUCCUGGAGCCGGAGCCGCUGCCGGUUGCGGUACCUGCUGCCAACGCGAACACCUCUAAUACAGGUGACACUAGAUUUGAUGCAUCACAGUAUGCUUUUUUUGGCAACAAUGUGCUGGAGGACAUUGAACUAGGUGGAUUCGAAGAUGAUAACGACAGUAAUGCUGCUUUCGCUGGACUCGAUGAUUUAGAGCGCCCACUUUCUUCUCAAGAGAUUGCACUAGAGGCUGAAGAUAGUUCAUUCUCAGAUCUUGAUGAUCUUGCAAAUACAUUCUCAAAGCUAAGAAGAGAUGUUAACCUACCAAAGCAUAUUGGGGUAAAUAACCUUGGGACUUCUUUUUCAAGAGAAAGUUCUGCUGCUGCUGACUGGGCUCCAGAAUUUGAUUCCCCACUCUGGCCUGAUCAGUACGUGCAAGUUGCUAAGCAAGGACCAAAUGGCAAUGGCUGGUGGCCUCCACCGCAUCAUUCUUCUCUCCUUGCUGAUUCCAGAUUGCACAGAACAUCCUCAUCCCCUCAGCAACAGGAACAAAACAAUCAUAAUGAACCUGUUCUUGGACCCAGGCCAUCUCCUUUGCACCGGACAUCCUCAUACCCACAAAAGGAGCCUCAGUACAAUCCUGCUGAAGUCAUUCCUGCACCAAAUGCACCAUACAUGUCAAACCAUCCACCUAGUGGUCCACCCAAUUCAGUGCCUCGACAGCCACAUCAGAUGAACAUGCCAUCUUUCAAUGAAUUUCAGAUGCAUAUGUCUGCACAAAGUGAUGUCCCAUUCUCCCAGUUUCCUCGUGGAGGGACACCUCCAGAGCCAUUGUUUGGUGGAAACCGGGGCCAUAUGAUUUCAACAAGCUUCUCAACUAACAACAGUGCGCAACAAGGUCAUCUGCUGAAUAAUGGGCAGUUUCAUGGGGAAACUGCCAGCAACAUGCCAAAUUUGCUGCCAAACCAUCUACAACGUCCGAAUACAUUCAUGCCCCCUCAAAUGCCGACAAUACGCCAACACCAUGGCUUGCUCCCAAUUCAGCAAUCUUCACAGCAGUCAUCAAGAACACAGGCACACAUGUUUGGUCCCCAGCAUCCACCACAUAUGAUGAAUAGGUUUGAUAAUUUUGGGAUGCCUGAGUUCAGUGAUCCAAGAGCAAGAUCAUCAAUGCACCAUGGAAGGCAAGGUCACCAUUUUCCAUUCCAAGGCUCUGAGUUUGGUAUUAUGAAGAUGGGUAAUGGGAGGUCAAGAUUUAGAUCCAAGUAUAUGUCCACUGAAGAACUUGAAAACAUUUUAAGAAUACAGCAUGCCGCCACUCACAUAAAUGAUCCAUACAUCGAUGAUUAUUACCAUCAAGCUUGUCUGGCCAGCAGAUAUGUGGAUGGAAGGUCGAAGCACCGCUUCUACCCAACCUUGAUUCGGGAUCCAUCAUCAUGUGCGCGGAGUAAAGAUGAGCCACAUGCAUACCUUAAGGUCGAUGCCCUUGGGAGACUGCCAUUUUCUUCCAUCCGGAGGCCACGCCCACUUCUUGAUGUUGAACCAGCUUCUGCAACUGACGAUAACACUCUUAUUUCAAAGCCUCUUGAUCAGGAGCCUCUGCUAGCUGCUAGGAUCACAAUUGAGGAUGGACUCUCCCUACUACUUGAUAUAGAUGAUAUUGAUCGCUUGCUUCAAUUUAGCCAGCAGCAAGAUGGUGGUUUACAACUUAAAAACAGAAGGCAAUCUCUCCUUGGUCAGCUGGCAGAAUCACUGCAGUUGGUUGAUCCACUAGGUCCAAAUAAAAAAACACAUUUGUCUGCAAAUGAUGAUUUGGUAUUUCUUCGCAUUGUUUCUCUACCCAAGGGCCGGAAACUACUUGCACGCUAUAUCAACAUCAUGGUACCUGGUAGCGAUCUUGCAAGGAUAGUUUGCAUGGCAGUAUUUCGGCAUCUGAGGUUUGUGUUUGGAAAUUUGCCCUCCGAUGAUGGUUCAGCUGAGACAGUAACUAAACUAGCUAGUGCUGUAGCUGCAUGCAUUCGUGGGAUGGACUUAAGUGGCCUCAGUGCUUGUCUUGCAGCAAUUGUUUGCUCGUCUGAGCAUCCACCUCUUCGACCCCUUGGAUAUGCUGCUGGUGAUGGUGCCACUGUCAUCAUAAAGUCUGUCCUGGAUAGAGCAACAGACCUUCUCACUGAGCAUCCUGCUGCACCAGACUAUAGCGCUCCAAACCGAGCCCUGUGGCAAGCAUCGUUUAAUGCUUUCUUUGGGCUGCUUACAAAGUAUUGCGUGAGUAAAUUUGACAGCAUGGUUCAUACUAUGCACAAGCACCCUGCUGCUGCAACAGUUAUACACAAGGAACUUCCAGUUGAGCUUCUGCGUGCCAGUCUUCCUCACACAGAUGAGCAACAGCGCAGACUAUUGCUUGAGUUCGCCCAGCGGACUUUGCCUGUCGCUGGCCAUAGUUCUGACGGGACAGGGCAGCUGGGUGGAAACAUGGCAUCUGAAACAAUACCAAGUUAAGGUGGUCAGCAAAUAUGAGUGCGCUAGAUGCGUUUUUUUAUUCUAUCAUACAGGCCUGCCCAACGAAUUGAGUGUUCCUUGUGCCUGUUCCACUAAUAGAGGUUACAGAUGUGACCCUCUAAGGAGUAAGGAGCAUGAGCUACAAUUGAGUUGGGUGCAGUAUGGGCGUGCUGGUGUUAAGUGGAUGUAUCUCCCAGGUUUGGAUCAUAAAGUCCCUUUGUUAGGAAACCGUAUUCUCUCUGCAUUGUUGCAUCACACCUCUAGAUAGACUACCAGGAUAGUUUCCUUUUGCAGGGCUGUGUUUUGUUGGCUCUAGGAGGGAACUGAACCCCUGCUGUUUCUAGAGCCAGAUUUAGUGGCUGUACAGCACGUUCCUUGAAGGCAAUGCCCAACAUUGCAACAAAAUAUUUCAAGCUGUAGGUGUUUCAGUUUGCAAUAUCUGUAGUGGUGUCAAGGCAUGCAAGAUUCUUAUUUCACUCUGGACUUGGAGGUUCUCCGUGACCACGAAAAGGAGUGCCAAAAAGAUGUGGUAACACAUGUACACUAGCAAACGCUUGGAAGUUGGUCUUUGGUUUUGUAGCCAUUUGAAGAUUGAUGUUUCUUUUUUCUCGGUUAUAUUAUAUUCGUAACUGGAUACAAUUAUCUUUUGAAGCUGUCAAGUUUGUAAUGAGUUCAUUGGGAUUCUGCUAUAUAUCUGUUGUUUUGGUGAUUCUGGGGUACUAA